UUCGUCAUCUUUUCUGGUAGUUAGUGAAAUCUUGUGAAAAGCAAUGGAGGUGGUCAACCGUCUUCUGACGGAAUCUCUCUCAGAUUAUCUGAAGAAUUUGCCGGUUCCAAAGUCUUUAUUUGGUUUUGCACGUUUAUCAGUCACAGAAUGGGCAUCCCUUGUGCCAUUUGUGGGAGCUGUCUCACUUAUAGUUUACAUGAGUGUGCAGACAUUCAAACCUAAACCACCACCUCAGAAAUCCCCAGUUAACCUGAAAAUUCAGAAAGAGACCCCUAAAGUGGUUAACAUGGUGGACAUUGAAGAUCUGGGUGAGAAGGUCACCUAUUGCAGGUGUUGGCGAUCAAAGAAGUUCCCCCUGUGUGAUGGCAGCCACAACAAGCACAAUGAGGAGACCGGGGACAAUGUAGGCCCCCUGGUGCUGAAAAGGAAGAGCUAAGACACCCAACAAAGGGCCACAACUUGCAGUGUGUGAGGUCAUCUGAUUGUUGUGUACCGGUACUUUGCAGACAUUAUCCAGAUCUAAUUCUCAGUUUGUGUGGAUGUGUGACAGGGUGGGUUAUCUGCCUCAGAAGUUUUGUAUUUUUUUUCUUUUAAAUAAAAAUGACCAAAAUUUGUACUUUUGCAGUGCAUUGUUACUGAAGUCAUCAGUUAUAUUUAUAUAAAAUAAAAGUUUUAAAUUUAAA